AUGGCCCUAGAAGACCUGCCAACGGAGAUCCUGUUGCUGAUUCUGGAAUCCCUGUCCUCCCCGGUUGAUCUUCUCUCUGCCACUCGAGCCUCGCCCGUACUGCACUGUACUUUCAUCACUUACAAAAAGCAUCUUCUCAGACAUAAUCUCCUCCAGGCCAUCCACCCAGCAUGUCGAGCAGAUGUGUAUAGCGCACUGGACGCCCAGAGUAUCCCCAAGCUGAUCACAUCCGGGGAAAGCCUUGCGAGGAUCAAGUCCGAGGGUUUCUCGUUCUUUGCCAGGGACCGAGGUCGUCGCGGAAGCAGUGGUUACCAGUUCAAACUGGACGAUGAGCAAGUCGAGACACUAUUUCGCCUCCAUGUCGGCAUCGAAAGAUUAAUCGACUGUUAUUGCCAAUGGUCAUUGGGCAAUCUCCAAGCACACCAAGUGAAGCCGACACAGUUUGAUGCAAACGCCGUCUACCCAAGAGCAGACUUGUCAACGACGGAACGGGUCCGUCUGCAACGCGCGUUUUACCGAUGUGACAUCCAUGCAAGAUUCCGACAGGUGCUCCAUCUCCUCAGCGAUAACAGCUCAUCCUUGAGUUACGCCCAGAGUGUAUUGAGCUUCGUUUCCCAAUUCGCGUUCCAUGAAUUCGAGGAGAUUUUCUGCGUCAAACAAUUCCUAGCUCAAUAUGUCAGGUCGCUCUGCGAGCGAGUGGAGGAUGAUUUCAUCGCUUCUUUUUCUCCGAAUGCUUUGCCCGGGAGAGGCACCAAGAGGCAAUCUGCAUACAAGCCACCACAGACAAAGAACCUGUAUCCCGAUGAGCUUUCCUUUUUCACCAACAAAUACCGUGAAAGCCAGCAUGCAGAUCAUGUCAAAUUCAUCACCUCGUAUGGUCUAUCGUACCUGCUACACUUGAAUCAGCUCGGACCGCGUGCUCUCAAAUACGCCAUUCUUGAAUCAUACGCGGACUCGCUCAAGGACACCGUGACCGAUUUUAUCAACACCUGUGGGCUGCUAAUCGAGUCAUGUGACAAAGAGGAGAGAGACACCGUUCUCCGCGGCAGACUGGUUUCCAUUCCGGGUGAUCUGGUCAGCAGUAUCAACCUGGGCUGGAAAUGGGCGACCAGUUUCGAAGAGUUCCCUAGACCUAAUAGUCCGGCUAUGUUUGACUUACGGAAUCGGGGGUAUGUCUUCUGGGACCAGGGACGGUUGCAAGCAUCGGGUCUUGUGAAUGAACCUGUUAGGGUCUGCAUCGCGGCGUAUUACUUCCCUCCUGGCCAUGAGGAGCCAUUCUUGAGACCGAGUGUUGAGGACCGAUUUGCUGGAUUCGAGCUGGAUCAUAAGGCAUUGACAGAAUGGAAGGAUGAGUAG